AUGACCUCCACUACGUUGCGCGCCGUGACGCAUCGUCUCACUACUACCCCGGUCGAACAAUUGCCCUCCAUAGCUUCAUUCCUUGCGACUUCGUUGAGUGAUUGCGCUGCAUUGCUCUCUGCUCCGCAAGCCCAGAAAGGCAAAUCCGAGUCCGACAAUGCUGUUCAGAUCCAUAAAUUGAAGACUCGGCUGGCAAGUCUGCUGCAGGACCGUACUAUUGAAGGAAGAUGGACAGCUGUUGUGUUGGUGAAAGCUACCGUUGAAGCUGGUCAAUGGGAGAUUUUGCGCGGAUAUGAGCCGAUUGUUCGCGGUUUGAUCAGCAUCCUAGCAAAGCCUGAUCCGAUCUCAACGAGGAAGAUGUGUAUCAUCACACUCACUCGAAUUUUCCACCUCACGUACCAGUACCCAACGCUCGUCCGAGAAAUCACCACUCCGCAAUUGCCAGGGUUCAUCACCGCCGCCUUGAACUUGGUCUCUGUGAUUACGAAGACCUCUUCAGGCUCGACACGCAAGCCGAAGCCAAACACCGCGUUCAUGGAAAUUGUACUAUGCGCCUUGCUGGAGCUGAUCCCCAGACAUCCCACUAUCUUCCGUCCAUUCGGCUCUCAGCUUCGCACCCUGCUCGCUGAGGUUGUCGGUUCCUCCUCGCCCGCCUAUUUCCCCGAGCAUGUCGUCGAUGUGGCAGAGCAGCUACUUGUUUCUCUCCACAAGUGCGCACCAAAAGACAAGGCUGGCUCUGGAUGGAACGAUGAUUGCCGAUCAACGAUUCUGUCUAUCCACCGGACAACAGACCAAAUUUAUCGAGCAGUGGUGGAACAAUGGGAAUCGGUCGAUACGACACUGGUGCCAACACGGCCGAACUAUAGCCAAGAAAUGAGCGAAAAGGGUCCAGAUGGUCUGGGGCUUCCAGGUUGGACGGGACUGCACUCAGGUGUGGAUCGAUUAGUUGUACUCCUGAAGAUUCUUUCGGGCUUCGUUUCCUCUCCAUCUGCGGCUGCUGUUGCUAUUCCUUUGGGUUCAAUUCUAGAUUUGACAUCCCGACUUACUUCCGUGACCGUCCCGCUGAACGGCGAGUCUCAAACCGGCAUCCAAUUCAACCAGGAGAUUGGCCGUGAGGAGCGAGAGGGCCUUUGGAUGGAACUUCCUCGCAUUCACAUCGCCUGCAUGGGUUUACUCUCCAACGUUGUUAGUGUGUUGGAGACCAGCGCAACCUCCAUAGCCCAGACCAUUUUGGAGCAGGCGGUCUGGACUUUCCGGGGUGAGACUUUCAGCAAAGAUGUGCGCUCUGCGGUCUACGCUUUGCUCCGUUCCUUGGUGCCAUUGAACGGACCCGCAAUGUCUAAGCAAAGUGUGGCAUCUCUGGCAAGCGUGGUUCGCUCUUGCUGUCAUGAUCUUCUGUCGCCGACUGCUGAUUCCUCAGCUAACUCGGGCCUGGACUCCAAAACCAAGUCAAAGGGUGGUCAAGGUAUUACAGCUAACGCCGACGCUUUCUUGAACCCUGAGCUGCAGAAGUCUCGUCAGGCGCAAUCUGCUACUCCAUUUUUGGACCUCCAGCAGAAUGCCUCGGGUCUUUUGCGGGCCGUGCUUGUUUCUAUUCCUGCUGAACUUGUUCCGCCUUCCACUCGGGCUGAAAUUGACCGUACCAUCAUCUUGACAUCGGACAAGGAUGCGAUGCUUGCCAGCGUCCUCAACCCUGUGCCCGCGAUCAAGGGCCGUGGAGCAGGCUCGAGCAUCAUUCCAUUCUUGGUUCGCACUUACGGCGAACAGAUGGAAGUGGAGGCUUUGAUUCGCCCCAGAAUGCCUGUCCUGAUGACAGCUCCUGAGCUGGACGCUUAUGUUGAUGAAGAUCAAGAAGAAGACGAGGAGAUGGUCGAUAAUGUAUACACUGCACCCCCGGUUUCCGACUUCAUGAAGCAACCGCUAUCGAUGCCCCUGCAAGCGCCCAAUAUAGAGCAGCCGAAGGCUGCCGAUCCCCUGCCUGCCUUCCAUAAGCGAACCUUUACUGAGGAAUCCACUGCUCAGGAACAAACUUCCCAAAAGCAGGAUACCAAGAAGGCACGACUUGAGGAAGUUACCCCCGUCUCUCAACCGGCGCCUGCAAUUACGCAGGCUGAGGCUCCAAGGGUAUCAGUACAGGUUACCACCACCACAACAUCUGCGAACGGCCCAGCAGUGGCCUCGCAGCCUGCUGCUGCCGGAGCUGACGAUGAGAGUGAUGACGAGUUGCCCACUCUGAACAUGGACUCUGAUACCGAUGAGGAGGAUGACGAUGUCACGAUGGAAGGGUAA